AUGUGGGCGCGGGAAUUCAUUGACGACAGUUUAUACAACCUUCAGUAUGGCUACUUCUCGAAGCAUGCUACCAUCUUCAGUCCGGAGGAGCCGUUUGUUUUCAACCAGAUCGCCGAUGGACCGACGUUCAACCGCAUGUUGCAGCAGCAGUAUACCCAGUUUGAGGACCGUUUAGACGAUGAAGACUUUGAUAUGUCCCGACAGCUUUGGCACACGCCUACCGAGCUCUUCCAGCCUUACUACGGCGAGACGAUUGCCCGGUAUCUGGUGUCGAAUUACAAACUCACAUUGUACCCCUAUCACGAUCUGAUCAUCUACGAAAUGGGCGCCGGAAACGGAACGAUGAUGAGGAAUGUGCUGGACUACAUCCGCGACAUGGACUACGAGGUCUACCAGCGCACCAAGUACAAGAUCAUUGAGAUUUCGCCGAAUCUGGCGGGCUUGCAGCUGCACAAUUUGCUCGAAUCGGCCGAAUCGGCCGGACACCGCGAGCGCAUCGAGAUCAUCAACCAGUCGAUCUUUGACUGGAACACCUAUGUGCAUUCUCCGUGCUUUUUCCUUGCGCUGGAGGUGUUCGAUAAUUUCUCGCACGACGUCAUCCGCUACGAUCUCAAGACGGAACGCCCGCAGCAAGGCGGUGUCCUGAUUGAUGCGGACGGCGAAUUUCACGAAUGGUACCAGUCCAAUUUGGACCCAGUGGCCGCUCGGUUCUUGCGUGUGCGACAGGCUGCGGCGCGGCGGCCGUUCCCUUCCCCGCUGGGCUCCAAGCUCAUGCGGAAAUUUCGCCCUUAUUUGUCGGAUCAGCCCAAGUACUCGCCGCCGGAGUACAUCCCCACGCGACUCAUGCAGUUCUUCGAUAUCUUGAACACUUACUUCCCGGGCCACCGUCUGGUGGCUAGUGACUUCAGCAGCCUUCCCAAUGCAGUUCCCGGGUUGAAUGCACCAGUGGUGCAGACUCGGUACGACCGGCGCACAAUCACCGUGACGACGCCUUAUGUUCAUCAAGGAUACUUCGAUAUCUUCUUCCCGACUGACUUCGACGUGGUGGAAGACAUGUACCGGGCGAUUACCGGCAAGUUGACGCAGGUGAACACCAAAAACACAAUGACAAUGACAACGACCGACACCCUCCCACCGUGGAAACCCACCGUUUACCAAAAGCGCCAGGCCCAACUAGCCGCCAUCCCCGAAGCCUGGCGUCUCCCCACGCCCACCCCAACCGGCAACACACUCACCACGAUCCGCACCUGCGGCAUCCUGACCGAGCAGGAGCUGCAAUGGACAGACACAGCCGAGACAACGGCGCUCCUGGCGCAGCUCGCAGCCGGCAAGAUCAGCGCCGUGCAGCUCACGACAGCGUUCUGCAAGCGCGCCGCCAUCGCGCAGCAGCUGACCAAAUGCCUGACGGAGAUCUUCUUCGACCGGGCAUUAGCUCGCGCCAGAGAACUCGACGAGGUGCUGCAGCGGACGGGAAAGGUGGUCGGGCCGCUGCACGGGCUGCCGGUGUCGAUCAAGGAUCGGUUCGACCUGGAGGGAUUCGAUACCACAGUUGGCUGGGUCGGAUUGGUGGGCAAGCCCGCGAAGAAGUCGAGCUCGAUUGCGGUGCUGCUGGAGUCGAUGGGAGCAGUGCUGUAUGUCAAGACGAAUAUGUCCGACUCGUACAACCACGUCUUCGGACAGUCGAUCAACGCCUUCAACAGCCAGCUCAUCUCCGGCGGCAGUUCCGGCGGCGAGGGCGCCUUGAUCGGCACCGGGGGCAGUAUCCUGGGCAUAGGGACGGACAUCGGCGGCUCGAUCCGGAUCCCUGCUAACCUGCAGGGCCUGUAUUCGAUCUCCGGCCCCAUGGCCCGCAGCCUCUCCUCAGUCGAGCACUUCAUGCAUUCCCUCCUGGCCUCGGAACCCUGGACCCUGGACCCAGACUGCCUCCCGAUCCCGUGGCGCACCGAGCUGGCCGCGAAGCCGACCUCGCGCAAGCUCCGCGUGGGGAUCGUCCACGACGACGGGGUCGUCAAGCCGCAGCCGCCGAUUGCGCGGGCGAUGCGCGAGGUAGCGCGGAAACUGGAGGAGGCAGGUCACGAAGUAAUCGAAUGGCCAACCACCCUCCACGAACAAGGCACCAAGCUCUGGACAAAAGCCAUCCUGGCCGACGGCGGCCAACACUGCCGGUACCUAUGUGACAUUGUCGGCGAGCCGCUGAUCGAGGGGAUGGUAGUAGGGACGCCGGACGACGAGCUAUCUGUUGAAGAGCGCGAGAAACUCGAAGAAACAAAAUCCACCUACCAAGAAACCUACCUCGCGCAAUGGAGAACGGCCCGCAUCGACGCCCUUCUCACGCCCGUCACGCCAUGGGUCGGCUACCGGCCGCGCUCGUGGGUACUCAGCAACCAGUGGCUGGGGUACACGGCGCUCUGGAACCUACUCGAUUACGCGGCUGUCACGGUGCCGGUGACGCGGGCGGACGCGGUGCUGGAUCAGCCGGCGUUGGAUGCCGGGUGGGCGGCGCAUAUGCCGCGGAAUGCGGCGGAUCGGUAUAAUUUUGAGCAGUAUGAUAUCGAGUUGGUUAAAGAUAUGCCUGUUACGGUGCAGGUGGUUGGUGGGCGGUUUGGGGAGGAGAAGGCGGUUGCUGUUGCUAAGGUUUUGGAGGAGGUUUUGCGGUGA